UCCCCCCCACACACCCCCGUACCCUUGAGGCGGUGGAAGAUGGCGGCUGUGCCCACCCUCGCUCCCCGGAUCGCCCGCUCAGGUGUGCUGCCCCUCUGCCGCCGGCCACCAGCGUGGGGCAGAGCCACCCAGCAGCCCCCCGCCUGCCCCCCGCUCGCCCCACGUCGUGGCUUCAGCAACAACAAGAUCCUGGUGGAGCUGGAUGAGAGCAAAGGUGUUGCCUUGAUGAAGUUCAAGAGCCCCCCAGUCAACAGCCUGAGCCUGGAAUUCCUGACAGAGUUCUGCAUAAGCCUGGAGAAGUUGGAGAAUGACCGAGCCUGCCGGGGUGUGAUCCUGACAUCUGCUGUCCCCAGAAUCUUCUCAUCUGGGCUGGACAUCACAGAGAUGUGCGGGAAGAGCACUGAGCACUACGCCGAGUUCUGGAGAGCUGUGCAGGAGAUGUGGCUCCGGCUGUACGGCUCCAACAUGGUGACAGUCGCUGCAGUCAACGGGUCCAGCCCAGCAGGAGGCUGUCUCAUGGCCUUGUCGUGUGACUACAGGAUCAUGGGGGAGAACCCCAAGUUCAGCAUCGGCCUGAACGAAGCCCAGCUGGGCAUUGUGGCUCCCUUCUGGUUUAAGGACACGUUUGUGAACAUUGUGGGACACCGAAUUGCUGAGAGUUCCCUCCAGCUGGGAUCCCUCUACCCUGCACCCGAGGCACUCAGGCUGGGCCUGGUGGAUGAGUUGGUGCCAGAGGAGAAGCUCCAGGAGAAGGCUGCAGCUGUCAUGGCUCAGUGGUUGGCCCUUCCUGACCAUGCCCGCCAGCUCACCAAGUCCAUGAUGAGGAAGGCAGUGCUGGAUCGCCUGGCAGCUCACCGGGAGGAGGAUGUCCAGAACUUCAUCAGCUUCAUCUCCAAAGAGUCCAUCCAGAAAUCACUCCGUAUGUACAUGGAGAUGCUGAAGAAGAAGAAGAGCUGAGGGGCUGGCAGCCCAGGUUCUGGUCCCAGGAGCUGCAGUGACCCUCUGAAGCACUGCAGUAGCUGUAGACUUGCACAGUGAAGCUGUCUGCAGUGUCAGCAGUUGGGGAUGGAUGUGCUGCCUGCUCCUGUGGCCAUCCCAACCACCCCCUCCCCCUUAGUCCUUGUAGAGUGCCUGACACCACCACUGCCUUCCUGGGAGCAGGGAGAGCUGCCCCAAGAAACACACAGAGAGAGGGUCUUGACACUGCUGUGGCCCCAGCCCACCAGUCCUUGGACGUCCUCCCUCCUAUCCAGCACCUAAUUGUGAAAUGAGAUUUGUCAAUAAAGUUUCUGAUGAGGUAGGAGA